AUGGACGACUCUUUUCCGCAGACCGACUGCGAAGCGCGGACCGACCGCAAAGCUAGGUCCCCCUCUCCCCCCUCAUCUGCUAACUAUAGUACAGAUACCACCACCUCCCCGGUAAAGCCCGCGGGGCCCAUGGGGUUCUUUGCUGCAGUUGGUGAUUCGUCGUCGUCUGCACCGAGUUCGUCAAGUCCCACUUCCGACGGCAGCUUCGCUCCGCGAGUUGACGGACUUACCCAGGUCAUUACGGCUAUCGGUCUAACCUUUGGACGUGAAUCGGGGUCACCCGAUGAGCUAUCCUUUGGAGAUGAUGGCGGGCCGGAUCGAGGGGCGGAAGUGAGUGUUGCAGCAGAAACGGUCAGGCAAGUCCGAUUCCUUCUGCGGUAUGGUGAUUAUGCUGGCAUGGUGUGGAAUGUUUUACGUAGGAUCUCGCGACUUUCCAACACGCCUCUGCCAGACACCGUUGUCGCAUUUGAUGCCGAACUCGACAUUGGUGAAGAAGACCAGGCCGUCGAAGAAUUGUCAGGGCCCCCUGGGGCCUGGCAAAUUCUGAGGCGACUGGUCGAUCUUCUCAACAACAGGGAGGGGAUUCAAAUCGACGAGUCUAUGGCAAGGUCGGCAAUCAAGGCGUACGCGUUGCGGAACAAGCUCUGCCACAGCAGCAACCUUCGAGGUAAGUGUCCCCCGGAUAUCGCCCGCGAUGCCGGCAAACUCGGAGAUGUGUUGCCCGAUGAACUUCACCAAGAUCGUGCUACCUGGGAACGUAUUGUGAGAUCUUUCGGAGACCUCAGGAGUUGGAUGGCCGAUGCUCCUCUUCCUGGUGAGUUAAUAUUCCACGAUGCCAUGCCUAAUUCCAUGCAGCAGGAGGAGUUGAUGCGCGAUCUCAACCGGGGAUUGCGCCACGACCGGCUGGACCAGAUGUACGGCAAAGACGGAGAGGCAAAGCGACUGAACCAACCACGGCCGGGCCGGGCAGGUUCAGAUCCUUUACCUUACGUGCCAACGAUGGAACCGACUUACUCGCCAUCGCGCCGUUAA